AUGCUCAUUAAAGAAGAUAUACGACAGAAGGCAACUAAACUGUACGAGGACUUUCAGCAGACAUGGAAAUCCUCACGAACAACGGAAUAUUUCAAACAGCUUGAGAUUCGUUAUCAGACAAAACGGAAAUUGGAAGUGACUGAAAGUCAGAAGAUUAUUGAGCUCGCCGAAAUCGACCGAAUGAAGGUUUCUCAAUUACGGAACAAUACAGAAUCAGUAACAAAGCAUGUUUCUGAUAGCUUUGUGGAAUUUACUCAAGAAAAUACAAGAAUCCAAAAACGCACAUUAGAAAGUAGCUUUAGUAAAAAGAAAAAGCCUGAUGAUGAAAACGCGGGUUAUGCCAUGAGUUCGAAAUUUUCUUCUGCGCAGUGGAAAGAAAUAAAUGAAAAAAUUAGAUCUUUAGUAUAUCAACUUCAAAUUAAUCUUUUGCAUGAAAUUUGUCUGCAAUUUUAUUUAAUAAUUAAAAAUUAUUUGUAA